AUGCACUGCUCCUGCUUCCAGGCGCUGGUGGCGGCGCUGGCGCUGGUGGCCGGCUUGCAGCUCCUCUACUUGGCGCUGCUGUCGGGGCUGCACGGCCAGGAGCAGCGCUCCCGCUAUGCCGAGCUCUUCCAGGGUCGACGGGCGCCGACGGCCCGCGACGCCCACAAGGAGCGCCUCAAGCAGGUGUUGGCCAGCGGCGGCGCCCUGGACGCCAGCGGCCAGUACCGCGUGUAUCGGGACAUGGUGCGCGGAUCCUGGGAGGGCGAGCGCAGCCCCGACGUGGUGCUGGUCACGCACACCAGCCUGGGCAACCUGCACCACGCGCAGCGCCUGGCCGAGCGCUGGCGGGGGCCCAUGUCGGUGGCCCUCUUCGCGCCGGGCGCCGCCGAGGUGCGCUUGGCCACGGCGCUGGUGUACGCGCUGGCCGCCCUGUGCGCGCCCGUCCGCCAGCUGGUGCGCCUCCACCUGGUGUGCCACGCCGACCAAGCGGCCUCUUUCCCGGAGCUGCCCGACCGCGGCGAGUUCGCCCGCCUGCAGGCCUGCGGGGAUGUCUUCGCCAAGCUGGCGCGGGUAGCCGCGGGCCGGCGCAAUUACGCGCUGGACGCCGCCAACGCCUCGUACCCGAACAACCUGCUGCGCAACGUGGCUCGGGGAGCCGUCGGCGGGCACUGGAUGCUGGCGGUGGACAUGGACAUGGUGCCCAGCGAGGGGCUGCGGGAGGACUUCUUGGCUUUGCCCGGAACUGCUGCCGAGGAAACGCCGGGGGUCUUCGUUGUGCCGGCUUUCGAGAUCCGCCACACCCGCCGGAUCCCGGGCACCAAGACGGAGCUGCUGCAGCUGUACCAAGUGGGCGAGAUCCGGCCGUUCUAUGAGGAGCUGUGCCCGCGGUGCCAGGCGCCCACCAACUACUCCUACUGGCUGAAUCUCCCCAUCGGAGGCCCCCUUCGCGUGGCCUACGAGGUGGAGUGGCGGGACCCCUGGGAGCCCUUCUACAUCGGGGCUAGUUCUGUGCCCCCCUACGAUGAGCGCUUCAAGCAGUACGGCUUCAACCGAAUCAGCCAGGUAGCUGCCCUGGCUGGGGGAGGGGCAUGACUUGGGGCAGCAUUGAAGGCACGUGGCUUCCCUGCAAAUAAUCUUGGGAACUGUAGCUUACCCCUUAACUAUUCUCAGCACCCUUAACAACCACAGUUCCCAGGAUUAUUUUGGGGAAGCCAUGUGUUUAGUGUUCUUUGGUGGUAUAGUGCAUAUGUAGCCUUUGUUGGUGGAGAGGCCAAGCCAGGUAGUGGGAAAGCUACAUUUGAACCAAAAGGUGGGGAGUCUUAUAUCAGGGUAGGGAAUUUUUUUCAACUCAAGGACCACAUUUGCUUCUGGUCAGCCAUCUGGGGGCCAUAUGUCAGCAGUGGGUGGAACCAGAGAGAAAAGCAGGUGAAGCAACAGGUGUAUAUUUUACCUUUGUGUGGUAGGCUAGUUUUUACAGCCACAUCCCUCUCUCUCCUCCAUCCAGGUGGGCAAGAAUCUUGCCUUCAAGAACACAUUCUAGCAGAAACACUCAACAAGGAGGGGGUGGAGCAAGGAGGGGGUGGGGGUGUGGCCUGUUGAGAGCAGGGCAGUGGUUGGCCAAGGAGGAGGUAGAGCCUGGGCAGAGGACAAGAUAGGGAGGCUUGACUCCCAGACCUGAGAUUUCCCGUUCUUGCCUUACAUCUUAGCUGUGCCCAUUGGGCUAAAACACCUACUCAGCAUUACCACUGGUCAUGCUUGUUGGUGCGAUGGUGGGGACAGAGUCUCUAUCCUUGGAAAGUGUCCCACACCUAACAUCAUAUAUGACCAUCAGGUGUAGGUCAGGUGGGCAUAGCUUGCCCAGAAUGGCUUUACAGGUCAAAUGAGGGGCUUCUGUCACUAUAAAUAACCCAGAGGUAUUUUGAGGUGCAGUUAUUCUUGCAUGUUGUAGGUUUUUGGUGGUGGGCUGCUGUCCUUACACUGUCCUUUUCCGCCAGGCCUGCGAGCUCCACGUGGCUGGGUACCGUUUCUCUGUGCUGAGCAAUGCCUUCCUGGUCCACAAGGGCUUCAAGGUGGCAAGCGAGUUCCACGCACAAAAGGAUGCCGAGAAUCAACGCAACAAGCUGCUCUUCCGGCAGUUCAAGCAGGAGCUCAAGACCAGAUACCCCAGUUCACCACGACGGUGCUGACCUCACGUCUACCUUUGUGGAAAUAGAGCGGAGCCUCUUAGCUGGACGGCGAUGGGAGCAUAGUGUUGCACACUGUCACAACAGAAAUGUCUGACUCAGGAUAAGGACCACUCCUGUGCCAACUGGAGGGAGAGAAAUGGCUUAGUGACUCGCUGACCUGCUCGCUCCAAAUGUGUUUGUUGCUGCUAGAAGUAUUUGUGCUUCAUUUGGGGGGAAUUUGUGUAUGCACAUACAUACACACACUGAGACCCCUUCAGGUAGGAGAAUACCCCCAUUGAGUGCUCUGUGUGUGUGUGUAGUUUAAAAAUAUAAUAUGGGGGUUUGCCUCAAUCUCACAGACAUCUCAAGGGUUGAUUCAGAAGGUCAAGCUUGUUGAAGGUGAAUUGCCAAUCCCAGCCAAAAAACUAGGAAGUCUUAUUGGCUCACCUCCCAGUUACUUCACUUCUGGGGUGAGCAGUGAUGGGGAACCUGAUAAGGAUGGGGAACCCGAGGCUCUCCAGGUGUUAUUGGACUCCAGCUGCCUUCAGGGAACAUGGCCAGUAGUCCGAGAUGGUAGGAGUUGUAGUCCAACCACCGUUGGUGUAAACACCAGCAGGUUGCCUUUGAUGGGUGUUCAUAAUUUUACACAGAGAAACACAGUGACCUGCGGGAUUAUCCAAAAUAGUAGAGCUAGCCCACUCUGCCAUUUUUAAAUUCCUGUAGAUGGUGGGUUGUUUUCUUAGUAAACAAAUUCUGAGAUAAUAACUUUGGGAUAACAACCAUUGAAUCUGGAUUCUGUGGACAAUCCUGCAGUCCUAUUCUUUUCACUUGUUCCCAGUGCUUACAGACAUGUGAUUCUCCCCACCAGUCUAUUUCUCACUGACUGGCAUUUUCUGUAAAAGACCUGUGGAAUCAGGGCUGAGGUUUAUUUCUAAGCUAUGGGAAUUGAGAUACGGUGAUUUGGAGCAGAGAAACAGAACCGUGAGCCAAGAUUAUAGGGCCCUGCACCGAACGUUGCUUCUCGGAUUGGUGACCCCCAUUUCCUUUUCUGUAUAAUGGGAAUAAAUAUACUGACGUCUGUCCUGGGGACGGGGUGGAGGAGCUUAACUUAUUGCUGUCCUGAACAAUCACAGUCUGUAAAUGAAUUAAACUGAACCAGUUUGAUUUAAAACGCUUUAGCUCUGUCAACUUUGUGACAAGCAUUCCAACAGAAUGUAUUUCUGGAAAUUGAUUGGGGAGGAUGGAGGUGUGGGGAGAAACACAUUUUAGUGAAAGAUUGUCCUCAAAGGUGGAUCAGGGCAUUUUGGAGUUUGGAAUGAGAAAUCCAAAGAGUAGUGCCCCCACCUCUCCACUGAAGAUCCACAACUCACUGCAAAGUCCUCUCCAGCCUCACUGAAACGAACAUUAAUUACUGAGCACCCAUAUCAGAGAGCCUCACUUUUAAGCUUGAAGCCUGGCAUCAUUUGUUUUAUAAAUUUAGCACAGGGUAUGCAUGCACUACACAACCAAAUGCUAUGACUGGAUGUCACUCAAACAUCACAGGUGCUCUGGUACUAGCAAACAACCAUCACAUGCCUUCCAAUAUUUGUUAAAUAGCACUUUUCUCACUUUUAUCUGGAGCAAUUAAUAGUAAUAAUUUGUCUAAAUUACUAUCAAAUAACAGAAGGUAUUUAAGUUCAAGUGCAGUGGUGCCUCGCAAGACGAAUGCCUCGCAAGACGAAAAACGCGCAAGACGAAAGAGUUUUCCGGUUUUUGAGUCGUUCCGCAAGACGAAUUUCCCUAUGGGCUUGCUUCGCAAGACGAAACGUCUUGCGAGUUCUUGCGAGUUUGUUUCCUUUUUCUUAAAGCCGCUAAGCCGUUAAUAUGCUUCGCAAGACGAAAAAACCGCAAGACGAAGAGACUCACGGAACGGAUUAAUUUCGUCUUGCGAGGCACCACUGUGCUUUGGUACCAAGCUGAAUCCCACCAUAAUAAGAUUUGGAUGAUCCAUCUCCAAUUUGGGCUACAUAAAUAUUUUUUUUAAGCAUUGUAAGGAAUCGAGGAAGAUACCGGUACAUUCAUUCAAGGCCACAUUGUAACACCUCUUUUUUAUUUCUUUUCUGACUUGCUUUGCGGUUAGCUACACAAAAAAUGGACCUCUUUUCAGUGGAGACAGUGAAUAAUUAGAAAUCUGCAUGCCCCCAAAUCUUGCUGUGACAGCCCUAUAGCCCUGACUGCAUUACGGCAUAUGUACAGAGAUGCUUGGUGUCAUCAGUGCUGUCAUUAUUAUGCUUGGUUAUAAUCUAUCUAUAAUCAGAAUGUGUUGCUUAGGUUUACAGCCUACUUUAUUGGGUGUACUUUGUUAGGGGGGGGGUUAAUGGCAGUAAGCAACAGGACAUGGUGUGAUGUCAUUGAUUUGCUGUGCUGUCAUAGUGUUUAUAACUUUAUUUUUUUAAAAACAAAACCCCCCAAACACCCAAUGGUUUUCAGCCAAUAAGUUUGACAAGAAGGUAACAAUCCAGUAUGGUGUAAUGGUUAGAAUGUCACACUAGAAUUAGGCAAAUUGGGUUUGAAAAUCUGCUCAUCCCCAAAGUUCCCAGGGUGAUAGAUGAACCUAAUCUACUUCACAGGGUUUUUUGUGAUGUGCAGGAUGACAAAAAACCCCAAACAACCAGAUAUGCCUUCAGCUCCUUGGUCAAAGCGUGGGGUACAAAUGCCAAUCUUUUCUUCUUCUUUUUAAACAUCAGAGGGUGUGGGGGUGGGCAGUAGGAAGAUAAUGGCAGUCUCCAUGGCAACAACAGUACUGGUUGGCAUGGCAACCACCACCUUUGUACUAAUCUUGUAGUGAGGCUUCAAGCCAGAAUUUGCCUCUUGGCUCCCCACCCACCCCAGCUCUUAUUUUUCCUACGUCUAUAUUUCAACUUAGCCACAGUACUAACUAUUGUAAAUGUGAGCAUAUAUUUAGGAUGCACUCAAAUAAGCACAUAUACAUGCAAACGAACCCUUCCUGGGAGGACGGUUGGUUUUCUUUUUAAUUACUUUUUCACUGUAUGGUUUUAUUUUGCUAUGAAAACUUUCACGCCACUUUGUAGGCACACAGAGAGAGCACAUUUUCACUCCCCUUCGCUUCUCUAGUUUUUCUUUAUUGUCUCGUUACUACGGCAACGAAUACCCUUCUUCCGCUUCCGGAUUCCCAUAGUGCUUCACGGAACCAUAGAGCUUGACGGCGACUCAGCACCAUAGACGAGUGUAGGGUACUUAGAAAAUGCUAGCCGCUGUGAUUGGUUAGCGUUGGUGGGCGGGGCCGAAUGAGGACGACUUCCGAUUGCUGAAGAAAGCCAGAGCGGGGUUUGCGCCUUCCUCAGCCCCUCCCCCAGGUAAUGAGGGGUCCAGACUUUCCCUAUUACCCCCCUUUUGUGGGUAAUGGUGGUCCCGCCCAUUCCAGCCUUAUGCAUUUCCCCCGCUUUGAGAGAAGGGGGAAUACAUGGGCCAGCACACUACAACCCGGGGGCGGGGGUGUUCGCAUAUGACCGAUUUCUCCCACUUAAGUUCAGUGUUACAUGUGCGACAUAGGGGGAGAAAAUGCUUCUCUUUGCCCUCUCCUUGGAAGUGCUCGGCAAUCCUCCCCUAAAUGAUAUCCAUUCGGGCACAUGCUUGAGUCUGUUGUAAUAUGGGGGUAAGGUUUGCUAUAUUUAUGUGCCCCCCAGGUCCUUCUGUUGGAUUGUUCUUACCAAGCAAAUGCUAUCGGGGUGCGGGAAAGACCAUUAGAUAUGGCGGGGGUGGUGAUGUCGGGGCUCGUAUGCCUGCUUUGCCAAAUGGUGCCUUUCACUGCAAAGGAGGAAGAAGCAGCGCUUGCAGGAUCGUCUCUGGAUUUCCUAAGAGAACCGUGAGAAAGAGACACACGCACAACCCUUCCAAAACCCACCUUAAAAUCACUACCAGUGACCUCUAGCUGGGCGGUGAACUGCACACAAGAUGGAGGGAUAAAGGGCUCUGGGAGGAGGAAUAAGUUGUGACUUGAAAAGCUGCCUGAAGAGGCAGACAUUCAAGAGGUGCAGCUCCCCUUCCUUCCUUCCUCUCUCUCACUCUUGCCCCACAAACCAGUCAUAUCCAGUCGCCACUGCUUGGGAAAGAGAGAUGUGCUGAUUUUCCUGUCCUCUACCGUGCAGUGGCUGACAUUGAUUUCGGCUACAGCCCUAUGCAUGUUAACUCAGCCCCCAGCCCCACGGAGUUCAGUGGGGUUUACUCCCAGGCACUUGUGGCUUGGAGUGCAGCCCUAGUCGCCUCUUUCUUCCCCUUUAAAACCUGGCUGGGGAAUUUGCCCUUCCAACUACAACACCUGUCAUCUCUAACCACUGCCCAUUGCUGGUUGGGACUAAUGGGAGUUGGCACCCAACAGCAACUGGUCUCCUAUUCUUGAUUUAAAAGAAGCCCUUGUUUCCUGUCUUACAGGGGCCCUCAUAGCACUUAUUAAAAAAGUGCUGGGAGGGUUCCUGGAGCAAAUGGUGGGCUGAGCGGGUGCAUUGCACGCAGGUUAAGUCCCAGGUUCAGUCCUCAGCAUCUCCAGGGUAGUCAAGGAAGGGGAAAGCGCUUUUCAUGGGAACCAGCACUGGUCAAAGGCAACAGGGCUUGGCUAGAUGGCCAAAAAGUUUGACCUGGGGUCAGGCAGCUAGCUUUCUAUGUUCCCAGUAUAGGGAAGAGAGGUCCCAGGACAGAGCUGGGGAACUUGUGGCACUUCAGGCAUUUGCUGGACUCAUACUCCCAUCACCCCUGACCUUUGGCCAUGCUGCCUGGGACUGAUGGGAAUUGGAGUCUGGCAAUGUCCUGAGGGCCAAAAGUUCCCCACCCCUGUCCUAAGGAAGGGAACCCCUGAUUGCACGUUUCAUUUAUCGGGCAUAGGCAAACUCGGCCCUCCGGACGUCAGUUCCCAUCAUCCCUGACCACUAGUCCUGUUAGCUAGGGAUGAUGGGAGUUGUAGUCCCAAAACAUCUGGAGGGCCGAGUUUGCCUAUGCCUGAUUUAACUCCUCUGAAGGAGUCGUGUGUUAGCAAGGUGCUGAUGGUUGAGGAUUCUGGAGGCUGAGAAAGGAGGAGGUGGUUAUGGGCAAAGACACAGAAGCCGGAACCCCUGGCUGCCUUCAUAGCUGCUCCUAAUUUGUCAUUCAGCAGCAAAAUUAGCCUUUGAAUACGAGUUGCUGGGAAUCACAGGUAGGGAGAGGGCUGUUGCACUUAGGUCUUACUCUUGCACUUAGGUCUUGCACUUAGGCUUCUUACAAUGGGCAUCUAGUUGGCCUCUGUGAGAACAGAGUACUGGACUAGAAUAGCCUUUGGUCUCAUCCGACAGAGCUCUUCUUGUGUUCUUAUGAGAUAAAGAGCUGAGAGAGGAGGGGAGCUAGCCCUCCAUCUUUAAGAAUCUAUGAAGAGGUGGCUGGAUCAAACCAAUGGCCCACCUAGUCCAGCAUCCUGUUCCCACAGUGGUCAGCCAGAGGCCCAUGGGAAACCUGAAGGCAGGACCCAACCACAACAGCACCCCCUCCCCACUUGUGAUUCCCAGCAACUGAUAUGCAGAGCCAUGCUAGCUCCAAUAGUGGAGGUAGAACAUAGACACCAUGGCUCUUUAUAUUUUCUGGCAAGCCUCCAUGCUUCUCAAUGGGCAAAGCGUCUGAUGAAUGUAACCUGCAGCCAGGUUCUUAGGUUCUCUGUGUGUCAGGGAAAUACACCUGUCUAGCAGUUCCUUCAGACUGAAGUGCUUGAUUAAACCUGUAUGUGCAAAAAAGAAAACAAAAUCCAAACUCUGUAUUAGCAACACUUCUUGAGAAAAUGUAAACGUUUCCUUAUGUUGGGUAAUGCGGAAAAAAUUGAGAGGGUCCAUCAGUAUUGUCUUUCCAUUGGCUUCUGAAGACACACCUGGUUAGGCAAGUGUCCCCUAAACUUCUGAUCUUGCAAAAAACUGUUCUACUUGUCCUGCCUUUUAAAUGGCUUUUUUUCAUUGUACAUAUUAAUUAAGGCUGUUUUGAUGCUCUGAUGGAAUUGUUCUUGUGUGUAUGUAUGGAUGUUAUAAUUGAUUUUAUAGUUGCAGUCCACUGAGAAGCCAUUUUGGCAUGUAAUUGGUAUAUUAAUUGGGCAGGCUUUCAGCUUAGAAGCUUGCUUAGUUGCUGGCGACAAUUUACCGGUUAUUGUACCUGCCAGCCCUCCUUUGCAACCUUAAGGACCACAAAGCCGCAUUUCCCGCUGAUACACUCAAAGUACUCAGUGCCGUGCUUGUAACCCAUUCCUGUGCUUAGCACGGUCCCCUUUGGAAUACGUGUAUAUCAUAAUUUGCUAUUGUCAAGAUGAUGGCCUGGUGCCGUAUUCACCUUUCUGCUGCUUAGUUGUUGCCUAGCCUCCUUUCCUUAGCCUGGGCCCUCUUGUUUCUGCAGAGCACAAUGCCUGUGCAGCCAUUGCCCAAGGAGAUGGAGGCGGAAGGAGACUCGACCACAGAGAUGAACGGCGAAGAAGAGAGCGAGGACGAGCGCAGCGGCAGCCAGUCUGAAUCAGAAGAGGAGAGUUCAGGUAGCUGGCAGGAGCAAAACGCCUCCCAACUCCUUCUUUCAGGGUAGAGCAUGCAAUUUCCAUGCAGGAAGUCCUAGGUGUGGUCCCUGGCAUUUGCAGGUAGGAGUGGGAAAGACUCUUCUCUGCCUGAAACCCUUGAGAACUGCUGCAAGUCAGUGCAGACAGGACAGAGCUGUUCAGAACCACAAAGCCUAUUGUCUUACCUUUUUAUGGGAACACCUAUGGUACAGAGGGAGAGCAGAUGGUUUGCACACAGAAGAUCCCAGGUACCAUAGUGGGCAUCUCCAGUUAGAGCAGGCGUGGGGAACGUGUGGCCUUCCAGAUGUUGUUGAGCUCCCAGUUCUCAUAAAUCCUGACUGCUGGCCAUGCUGUCUAGGGAUGAUGGGAACUAGAGUUCAACAACAGGGAGCAGGAUCUGACCCAGGGGCUGGAUUCUGAGCUUCCCUACCUGCCACGGGUCACUUUGACAGGUGGAUACAAAUCUGAACCCUAGAAUAAUUUUUGGUUUCCUUUUACUUACCAGCAAUUGGAAACAGUAGUAAGGAGGACUGAGUUUUUCCCUUUCUUUUUCUGUUAACACCCUGUUAAAAAAUAAAAUAAAAAAUAUUGAUACUUAUUCAAAACCACACAAAAGUUCUUGCCCAUUGCAAAGCAUCUUUAUAUAAUACACCAAAAUAAAACAGCAACUUAAUCUAAAAAAGAACAAAGGCAGAAUGGGGGAAAGGAAAAGAGAGACAAAAAGACAGAGAAAGCAUAAGAAGAGGAGAAAGAAGAGAUUAAAGAGCUGUUACUCUGACAAUCUGACUUAGCCUCUGUGGUCUUUCUAAGGCGGGGGUGGAGAACACCACCCACUCACAGUGGGACGAGUUUGACAGGUAGGUGGGUGGGUGAUCAGCUGAUCAUUGGGGUUUGCAAAGUGCAGUGCUGUCAGCUGAUUGUCGGGGCUUGCAAACAGCUGCACGGGACACACUGCAAGCCCUGACAAUUGGGUGGUGGUUGCUUGCAAAAGCCAAUGACGAUCAGUAGAUGGCCAGGCUUGAGAAGCAGCACUGUGCAUGGGGCUUUGCAGAUCUACACCUUGUUCUGAUCCACCUGCCCAAGAGAGGGCUCUUGGGAGUGGUCUGAUGCAGGGAUACCAAAGAAGGAUGUCAAAAACACACGGCCAGUUCUAGUGCUUUAUUAAAGAAAGGUGUAAACUUACAAUUCAGCAUGCAGAGAGCCCUGCUGCCUUGACAGAUGCGGGAUGAACACCACAGCAGCAAGCAAUCAUGACUGGUCCACAAAGCCGAAUACAUCACUUUGGCCAGAACCUCCACCUGGCCCAUGAGGGCAUAGGUGGCAACUACCCAGGGCUUACAGACAGCUCCACUCUCUGGGCCCAGAGCCCAGCAUCCCAAGGCCCACAAAUAAGAGUUGUAUCAAAGCAAGCCAAUUAGCAUGUAUCAAAGCAAGUGAAUAUACUUAAGCGAGCUCGUUCUUGCAACAACUCCCAAUUAGUUUUGGGGUUAUCUUGACUACCAAGAUGGCGUAUGCAAGCCUUCCAGAGUGGGCUCACAUUUGGUUCAAUGCAAACCUGCUCCCCACCUCCCAUCGGUAUGGUUUCAGGUAUAAGGCAGUUGGGCAUGGCUUGGCUAGAACGGUUUUAGCUAAGGGGGAGACCUGGUGGGGCCUAAUGAGAUCCACAGGCCUGAAGUCCCCCCGCCACUGUUCUGCUCGCUGUGGUAGGAAAACAAAAGGGGAAAAUUCUGUGCAAUUCGAAAAGCUUGCAACCCUUUCUUCCCUGAUGCUGUUCUAGAUUUAGGAACAUAGAAACAUACUACUCAGUCAGACCCAUUGGUUUGUUUAGCAGCUCUCUAAGGUUUCAAAUGGGGCAGGAGGGCAGGUUCUCCCAGUCCUAUCUGGAGUUACUGGAGACUGGAGUGGGAACCUUCUGUGUGCAGGGCAGGUGAUCUUCCCCUGACCUACAGUCCUUCCCCACUGAUUUAAGCCCAUUGAACGGAAAGAGAUCCCAGAUAGUGAGCAUUGUUCAAUUUUCUUGCCCUGCAAGACCUGUUCAGAGGAGCCAGGUGACACAUGUUGUCUCUUUUACCUGCAGAGAUGGACGAUGAAGAUUAUGAACGGAGACGCUCAGAGUGCCUAGAUGAGAUGUUAGACUUAGAGAAGGAGUUCUCUGAAGUCAAAGAGAAGUGAGUUUUUUCCAUCUCUUUCCCCUGUACUUAUUUAUUACAUUUUAAGCCCACCCUUCCUCCAAGGUGCUUCCCCACCCCCAGUUACCCUCUCAACAACCCUGCAAGGUGAGCCUCAUCCUCCUUAAGGUUUCUGGCUCACUGUGGUUUCUUGUGCCUGCUGCCCAAUAACUCCCUUAAACUUAAAAAAAGAGAGACACUGUAUAAAUAUCUCAAGAGUCCUUCCAGUAGCAAAAAGCAAAUGAACUGAAUUUUUUGAUUAGGAAAAUCAAGUGUCAGUGUGCUUCAAACAUUGCAUUCCAAAUUCAAAGCUUUACUUGGAGAUCAUUUUUGCUGGGAUGGCAUAAGUUAUUUUUAAUUCGUGAUGACUCAAUAGCAUGCACUUCCCUUUUAUCGCUUAGAUUUAAAGAAGGAAAUUUGAAGGUGUGCUAAAUUUAGGAUCCUUGGCAAAGAGUCUGUGUAAGUGUAUGCGCUUCCUACAGAUAUCCAAAAAGAGUUAAAUGCAACUUUGAUUUGAGACUAGCGAAAAUGAGGCCCUGCUUUUUUGUGCACUAAGGUUUGGAAAAGAAGCAUAUAAAGAUCUGAAGACUAGAGGCAGCGCCCAGAUGCUCAACCCCACAAUAGGAUCGCAGAGCUUCUUUAGAAAAAGUAGCCUGCUGGAAAUAAAUCUUUACUCCCUGCUUAAAGGCAAAUUAAUUUGUGGAACUCACUGCCUCAGGUUUUAAAAGGGGAUGAGACAAACUUGCGGAGGAGGAACAGAUGCUAUUAGUGGUGAGCAUCCACUGUCCUCUGAGAGACAAUUUGGAGGAGGAGGAAGCAAGCAGACAGGCAGCCGAAAACAUCAUCAGAUGGCUGUUCCUGGACCAUCUCAGGGAACUACCCCAUCUGCUGUUCUCUUCCCAAAUGUUCAGAGGAACUAAUUGUUCUCAUUGCACUGGGUUUUGCUGUUGUUUGACUUCCUUGCCUCAGUAUAUAUUUUUUUGUAAUUCCUCUCCUUCCAAAAAAAGAAAAAGAUGUGCAAAUACAAUAAACAAAACAACAGACCAAAAAACAUUGCAAAAAUAGGCAUAAAGGCAGGGAGAAGAAAAAUACAAGAUAAAAAAAUAAGGAUUAAAAAAGAAUGAAAUAUAUUUCAUGGUGGGAUACAAGGUUCUUUAUUGCAUAUACAAGAUAUAUCAAGUAUUCAUAAAUGUCACCAGAUAAAAUCUUAUUUAGUAGGAAUGUGCAAGCCAUGAGAUUGUUGUCUCAUAUAAGCCCCCAAACAGAUGCUGACUCUGAGGGGCUGGCAUCGCCCCUGGGUCAGUUUUUCAGAGAUGUUCCUUCCUUCCACAAUUCUUUUUUCCUAGGCCCACUUAUAUUUUCUAUUUACACACACACACACACACACACACACACAGCCUUUUAGGGCAGGGAUGUGGAACCUGGCUCUCCAGAUGACUUCAUCUCCCAUUAUCCCCAGCAAGUACAGACAAAGAUCAGAGAUGAUGGGCAGUGUAGUCCUGCAGCAUCUGCAGGGCCAAAGGCUCUCUGCCCAUUUCCUGUUUUAAAGCAUAACCCUUACAUAUUCAUUAUACAUUAAUAGGGAACUCGGGUGCUGAGCAUGUUGGCUGUGUAGCCAAAACGGGGGUACAGAGAAACAAGAGGGGGAUGUUGUCCUGCUCAGCAGAACCCUACGGUUUGCAGGAGUAGAAAAUAUUUUUUUCCCUUAAGUGGGGGAACACCCCCCACCCACAACAAGUUAAGUCAUCCAGUCUAUAUAAUUUAUGAGUCCAUUAGGCAAUAGUGUCCCCAAUUUGUGGCUCCAAUCUGCCUCUCCUUUCUUUCACUGUUCAUAUAAUUCCAUUCCUGAAACCUGCAUACUGUAUGCUCUACACACCCAAGGUUUUUUGCUGUUCUGAAAAAUGCUUAACCUUGACAUUUUCCAGUUCCAGUACAACUUCUAUGCUCGCAUAUUUUAAUUUAGUGUGGUCAUACUAACUUACCCUUCCCCGCCACCCCACAUACCAUGGGGGGGGGGUAAUUCCACCACCCACCUUGAGCUCUUGUGGCAACUCUGAUUAACCUGUCUGCUGCUGCUGCUGCCGCUCUCGCAGGCUGUUCAAGGAGCGCCUGAGCCAGGUGAAGGCAAAGCUGGAGGACGUGAUGGCGGGGAAAGCGUCAGAGUACCUUGACCCGCUCGGGGUCUUGCAGAACCACAUGCAGAUUCGGAUUGAAGUGGCUGGUAAGUGAGGACCCCCCCCCCCCUGGCCACUCUUGCCAGCCAGAGUGUAAGCAAUCAUAACAGCUUUGGUGGAGAGAUGGCUUCCAGGUUGUGGCAUUUGGAGUUAGGGCUGGGGUUAAUUUCUAGAAGAGGUGCAUGGGUUAUCUUCCUCGUACAGCGUUCACCAUAUACUGCAGACGUGCCUCUUUACCCUGGCCUUGGUCCUUAAAUAUUUAUUUUUAAACAAACAAACAAACCAUAUAGUGAUGGGCAACCCAGCCAGAUGAGCAGGGUAUAAAUAAUAAAAUUAUUAUUAGACGUGUUCUGAUUUUAAAAAGUGAAGAAAGAAAUAAAAAGGAAAAAAGAAUAAUACAUCACUAUACCAAUUGUUAACAGUUAGUAGUUACCGUUUUUAACCUACUGUAUUUUGUAUAAAGCAGUUCCAAACUUCAUUAUACUUGUCCAUGAUGCUUAAGGUAUUUUGUAUCGUGGGACUCGCCUCUUUUGUCUCAUUUAUACUGUAAUGUUCCAUUUGGGAAAGUUUUGCUUCUUUUGCAAUUCAGAGGGUUUUAUUUGUUUUUCUAAAGGUACGUUGUGUUGUUGCAACCAGUCUGGAAAUAUUAUAGUAAAAAAAACCCACCUUAUAAAUCAAUGAAAACAAAUGAGAACUAGACUGCAAGGGGCUUGUGUCUCCCUGGAAGCCAUGCCUGCCUCAACGCAGGGAUGGGCUGUGCUGCAAAGGAGGCAGAUGCACUUUGUAGGUGCUCAGAGGCACUUCUUCCGUGGCUGGUCUUUUGCAUUGAAAGGAAGUGGUGGUGGAGCUGAGCCCCGGUUGAGCUUCUGAGGAUGGAGAACAGUAAGAGCCAUUAGACCGUAUGGCAGACACUCUCGGGAGGCGGUAGAUUCCCCUUCCUUGGAGGUUUCAAAACAGAGGUUAAAUGUCCACAUGUCAGGGAUUCUUCAUCUGUGAUUCCUGCAUUGCAAGGGGUUGGGCUAGAUGACCCUCAGGACCCCUUCCAACUCUACCGUCCUGGUUUUAUGAACAGUGCUUCAACGUUCUGCCUUUCUGCAGGGAUCUACCGAGGUUUCUGCCUGGAGGUGAUCCACCACAAGCACCGUUGUGAGCUGCAGGGAGCACAGCAGCACCUGGAGGUGAGAAGCCCCACUUGGUCCCAUCUCCCUCCCUUCAUUGCCGCUUUCAAAUCCUGGCGGGGGCCGGAAAAGCAGCCUCAUCACAAACUUCUCGGGCAAGAAGGCAGAAUGCAAAAAUCUCAUAUGCAGGGUGGAGGAGCUGCUGCCAGUCAGUGUAGACAAUACUGAGCUACAUGAGCCAGUGGACUGACUCCAUAUACGGCAGCUUCCUCUGUUAUUACUCUAACAGGCAUAUGGGCAGAGGCUCUAAUGGGGCUAAUGUGAGAGGCAGUGUGGUGUAGUGGUUAGAGUGCCGCACCAGGGCCUGAGAGACCAGGGUUCGAAUCCCCACUCGGCCAUGAAGCUCAGCGGGUGACCUUGGGUCAGUCACUGCCUCUCAGCCCCACCCUACCUCGCAGGGUUGUUGUGGGGAUUGAAUGAGGGCAGGGGGAGAACCAUGUACGCCACCUUGAGCUCCUUGGAGGAAAAAGCGGGAUAUAAAUGCAGCAGAUAAAUAAUAUCACACCAUGCUUUUAAUCCUGGGAACUAUAGUUUGUUAAGAGAUUUGUCGCUCUGAGGGGGCAAACAACAGUUCCCGGAAUUGUUUUGGGGGGAAGCCAUGUGUUCAAAAUGUGCCGUGAAUGUGACUUCAGUUCCCGCAGGACAGGGAACUGGCGGCCUUCCAGAUGUUGAUUGACUUCAGCAGUCUUAGCCAGCAUGCCCAGUGGUUGGAGACAAUGGGGGCUGCAAUCCAACAACAUCUGGAGGGCUGCUCCAUGGGCUCUAUUCAAAAACAUGACAUUGCUGAGUGUGCCCUGUUUCCUACUUCGUUGCGUAUCCCAGCUUGGAAUUCCAGAGUCGGGUUUCAGCUUGCAUACGAGAAUUGCAUGUGGGAGCUUGCAGGACCACACGGUGCACUCGACAAACAAUAAUUAGCAACAAACAACCGGGUUCCUCAGCAAGAAGCCUGAGCGGUGCUUUCUGCUGACCAGCAGCUUUACAGAACUGAUUGGUGGUUGUCGUGGAAAAAAGGUCCCUGCCUUUAAUUAGCUGAAGACGAGCAGGCGGGGAACUAGUCUAGUUUCCAGUUCUCUUUUUUGCAAACACAGCCCCGAUCAGCGUUUUCACAGAUAUGCCAUUGAUCCACCACGUGAACUCCUAGGCCCAGGGGUGGGAAACGUUUUGGCCCAGGCCUUCCUGGCAUCUCUGUGUGGCCAUCUCACUGGGUGACCUUGGGCCGGUCCUUCGUGCUCGCAUUAGCCUGCCUCACUGGGCUGUCGUGUGGAUGAAAUUGGUGAAGGAGUAUUACAGAGACCACCUUGAGGUCUUUGGAGGAAAGGCAGGAGUGAAACAUUAAUAAAUCGAAAGGAAACCACGCUUUUUCUGAGAGCAUAAAACCAGGUGCAAAUUUGCCUUGGCAUUAAACAGAACAGCUGGGUGCCUUGUGAGACAGCGAGCAGAAAUUAUUGUGAUGUGGGGAGAAACCCAGUUGGGCUCAUGCCAAGAAAGCUUGAAUAUUAGGUUUAGAUGUUGCGCUGGCUGUAGAAUCAAUAGCAACCCCCAACUGGAUGGGAAGAAAGAAGAAGGGGAAGAUGCACUUAAUCCAUACCACCCUGUGGAACGCCCUCCCAUCAGAUGUCAAGGAAAUAAACAUCUGUCUGACUUUUAGAAGGCAUCUGAAGGCAGCCCUGCAUAGGGAAGUUUUUAAUGUUUGAGGGUUUUAAUACUUUGUCGGAAGCCACCUAGAGCGGCUGGGACAACCCAUCCAGAUGGGUGGCAUAUAAAUACAGUCGUACCUUGGAAGUUGAAUGGAAUCCGUUCCGGAAGUCCGCUCGACUUCCAAAACGUUCGGGCACCAAGGCACGGCUUCCGAUUGGUUGCAGGAAGCUCCUGCAGCCAAUCGGAACCUGCGUUGGAUGUUCAGGUUCCAAAGAACGUUUGCAAACCGGAACACUCACUUCCGGGUUUGCGGCGUUCAGGAGCCAAAACGUUCGACCUCCGAGGUACAACUGUAAUAAAAUCAUUCUUAUCAUACAGAAUUGACAUGAUGCCUUUCGGAUGUCCUUGCACUGCAACUUCCAGCACCCCUGGCGAUUUACCAUGCUGACUAGGGUUGAUGGGAGUUGUAGUCCAAGGACUUUUGCAGGGUGGGGGCACCACAUUGGCUUAUCCUGACGUGACGUCGCCCUUCUACCCAACCAGAGUGAGAAGCUGCUGCUGUUCGACACCCUUCAGGAACGCCUCUUGGAACGGAUCCAGUGCUUGGAGGAUGACAGGCACAGUGUGGGCCUCACUUCAGGUCAGUCCGGAGGAGCAAGCAGACGCUGUCCCUUCUAUGGGGAGGGGCCCAUAGCUCAGUGGCAGACCACCUGCUUUGCUUGCAGAAGGUCCCAGGUUCAUUCCCCUGAUGGAAAGAAUUCGACCGCAGGUGAUGGCUAAACCCUCAGAGAGAGCUGCUGCCAAGCCCCCCAAAAAGCUGGUUUUUAAAAAUGUAUUUCAAAAGUGUCAUCUAGCCUGGAGGAGGAAGUUGCCAAGUUCUGCUUUCAGCAGUGUGCUGACUUCCUGGGUUGUGAGAUGUCGUCAUUGCGGGUAACUCGGCAGAAUUAACGAUGGUGCACAAAGCCUUUUUUUAAAAAACCAAGGCUGCCUUGACCCACAGAUGGAGAAACCUGCAGCCCUGAAUUUGGCCCCCAACCUCAUUUUAUGUGGCCCCUGACACUUCCUGAAGCUGCUCCAUUCUCCCAUCCUGGGAACCGUGGUUUGGUGAGGGUGCUGCAAAUCGUCUUCUGAUAAAUGCCUGUUACUCGCCCACCCCAUGCCGACCCAGCAUUGAAUCCAUUUGGGUCGGUGGAGCAUCGAUGGCCCUCAAUGCUGAGGUUCCCCUUUGGGCUUAUUUUUCUCUCUCUCUCUCCGUCCCCUAGAAUGGUGGGAUGACAAACUUCGACCGAAGCACAGCUCAAAGGAAUGGGACCCACUCCGGCCUGGCAAGAGGAAGAAAGCACCACUGGUGUCCGAUAUCCUUUCUGUGCACCCCACACCCCGAUGGCUCUGCCCUAGAGGAGGCUGUGGUGCCCAGCAUAUGGCAAAGAGAAGCAGCUCAGCAGAGCGGCUUUGGGCAGCUUCUUAUGCAGUGUUUGUGAUGGGAAGCGGGUUAAGCACUUGCCCAAAAUUAUUUCAGGAAAAGGGGUGAGUGGGGAUGAGUAGUGUUUAAUUGGCAGCAUUUAUUCCCCGCCGUUUACCCAAACAGGCUGUCUCAAGAGCUGCUUUAAAAAUAUCAUUUCUAAGAUUCUUUAGCUGUGAUUCCCACAUUGGACGAGAUGACCCUUUGGGCUCCUUCCAAUUGUGUGGUCCCUGACCUCAGGCUCACAGUCUAAAAAGACAUGGCACACAAGGUUAAAGGAGGGAGGAGGGAGGAGGUAAAAGCCAAGCUCAAGCACAAGUUCUUCAAGUGGUAGCUGAUGACAGGGGCAGUUUUGUCUGCCUUUAAGACCAGUCUUCAUUCAGAUCCAAGAGCAGAGCUGGUGACAGCAUCCAGGGCCAGGCACACAAAGUUCUUCCCUCAGUUAGAUGACUUGAUGGACAAUAGAAUCCCAGUUAUAUUUUUUAUCAUAGUUGCUGGGGUGCAGGCACCUCUCCCUUAGCUCGUCUUUCCCACGCCCGUACAUCGUCUACAUGCUGCGUGAAAUGGAUAUCAUGGAGGACUGGACAGCCAUCAAAAAGGUAAGGGUGAGAGAAACGGGCUUCUCCGUGUCACCUUGAUCGGAGUGAAGGGAGAGAAUGAGGACUCUGAAGUGUCUCUGAGACUGGGAGCAGAAGAGGGGAAGCCUGGAGAACUCGCCCUUGGUUUUCAUGGAGAGGCUGGUCAUGGGAAAUCACACUAAUGCAGGGUUUCCCAAACUUGGCCCUCCAGCUGUUUUUGGACUACAAUUCCCAUCAUCCCUCGCUAGCAGGACCAGUGGUCAGGGAUGAUGGGAACGGUAGUCCAAAAAUAGCUGGACACCCAAGUUUGGGAAACACUGGUGUAGAAAAUACAGAGCUAGAUGGACCAAUUGUUUGACUCAGUAUAAAGUAGCUUCCUCCAUUCCUGUUUGAACCAGCUGUUUAUCCAGAACAAUGAGGGACCAGAGUCUUUAUUUUGAAGGGAAUGAUCAUAGCUCAGUGCUCUUGGGCUUGCCAAUCGGAAGGUCAGCAGUUUGAAUCCCCGCAACAGGGUGAGCUCUCGUUACUCUAUCCCAGCUCCUGCCAACCUAGCAGUUCGAAAGCAUACCAGCGCGAGUAGAUAAAUAGGUACCACUGCGACGGGAGGGUAAACGGCAUUUCCGUGCACUCUGGCACACAUCACAGUGUCCUGUUGCACCAGAAGCGGUUUAGUCAUGCUGUUUAGUCACGUGACCCAGAAAGCUGUCUGUGGACAAACACUAGCUCCCUUGGCCUGAAAAGCGAGUUGAGUGUUGCAACCCCCAUAGUCGCCUUUGACUGCACUUAACCAUCCAGGGGUCCUUUACCUUUUACCGAGAAGAUUUGCAUUGCUUAUAGAAUGUCCCAGGUAGGGCUUGGAAGACCCACGUCUGAGUCCAUGGAGAGCCACUGCCAGUCCUUGUAGACAAGGGAUGGGGAACCAAACUCCCAUCUUCCCUGACUGUUGCAUGCUGGGAGGGGCUGAUGGGAAUUGGAGUCCCAGCAACAUUUGGAGGUUCACAGGUUCCUCAGCUGACACAGAUCAAAGACCUGACUUGGUGGAAGGGAGCUUCCUGUGUUUCUGAUCAAGGGUGUAUAGUCCCUUUGGGACUUCAUAGUGCUGCAAAAGAGGAGUUAGGGUCUUGGGGGGCCUCCUCGUUCCCUUUUUCUAGCUUGGGAUGAGCCUCUCCCUUGGAGGUCUGCAGGCUUUACCCAGCCGACUAGACAAGGGACUUCUUCAGCAAGGGGCCUCUGGGAGUGUGACUUCCUCUUACACUCAUCUCUUUCUUCCCAGGCUAAAGCGGCUGUGUCCUCGCCGAAGAGGAAACUAGAAGGCAAGAGCCCUGUUUUUUCUCUCUCUUCAUUGCAAGGAGGAGGGGGUGUGGUCCUGGAUCUUUCCCCUGCCUUUCAAUAAAGUCCUGAUUGUGCCUGAAUGUCUGGGAGGAUACAGAAGCCCAACUGAGCAGUGGUUCAAAGGCAGGCAGCCUCUGUCUGCUUGGUCCAUUGGAGAGGGUUACAGGGCCAGGACCCCCCCACCCCCUGUGUUUGUGUGUGUUGGGUGCAUGUCUUUUCAUGGAAUCUGGUGCUCCUUAGAAUCUUGGGUUUUGUUUUGUUUUUAAAUCAGGUUUCUAGCCCUUAUGGCCGCAAAGAUUAUAUUUUUAAAAACAAGUGAGCACUGUCUGGUGACAGCUUAGAAGCUGGGUUUCGAUGUAGAUGGGAUACUGAAUUUCGGCCUUGCACAGCUUCCCGCCCCCUACCCCAUCUGUUGUCUUCUGCAACCUGACUGCUCUGCUCUUCCAGUCCUUCCCAGCUGCCCUCUCUCUGUUCCUUUCUGCAUAAAUGCCCAAUUAUUUGGAAAUACGGUUUGGAAGGGGAGAAUAAAUGAUGGAACAUGAAGAUAGGCUAAUUUGCAUAUUGGAUCAUGGCUGUCAUAAUUGAGUGGAUGUGUGCAUGCACAAAAUCUGCAGAAUGAGUAGAAUGCACAAUCAACCCCACCCUUGAGUUUAAACUGCAGAUGCUAUCUGACUUUUCCUCCCUGUUUCCUCCCCCCCCCAACCCACUGAUUAUUUUUCAUUAUAUAUUUUAUUUAAGGCAUUCAUACACGUCCUUUCACGAUAUUUAUGCCUGGGCAGUUUACAGUUUUACUUUUUAAAAAGUGACAAAUAUGUGCCAUAAAAUUGACUGGAGGAAAUUAACAAACAACAUAAUCAGCCAAGUAAAAAUAUCCGUCCUUGGUGUUUUUAAAAAUAUAGCGUCCUUUCAAUACUUUUUAAAAACACAAAGCACUUCAAUUAUAUCUGUCCCUCAUAUGAAUCCCAAGGCAGGUAACCACAGAAUUAAAGAUGAACAAAUCCCAACAAUGAAACACAAUGAAAGAAAUAAACUUCUAACAGAAUGAUCAACAGCAAGAACAGAUCAUCAGCAGUUAGAUCCCAAUCAUAAUCAUUAUAUACACAUUACCACAGUGAGAAACCAUUCAUAAAUGUCCAACACGUGGAUCUUAUUCUGGUGCUGGGAUGCGAUUAAAAUUGGUGCCCGGUCAGGGCACCUUCACAGAGAAGGCACAAUGUCCUCCCUGGUGGUAGGACAUCGAGAUGGGCUUCCCCACCCCAGACCGAAGGGCACAGGCAGGUUAGUAUAGGGAGAGGUGCCCCUUUAGAUACAACAACCCAUGUGGGGAACCUUCGAUCUUCCAGAGGUUGCUGAACUACAAGUCCCAUCAGCCCCUGCAGGCACAGACAGCGAUGAUGGAAGUGGCAAUUCAGCAACAUCUGGGGGAGUCAAAGGUUCCCCACACCCGAAAAAAAGACAUUCAUUGGGGAAAAAACCCCAGAGAGAAUAAGAAUGUUGCUUAGAACAUAUUGGCCCUGAUUUUUCCACUUCCCCAUCCCACCAUAUCCUUUCCUUCCCUCAGGCCCAGUGAAGGCCGAGAAACUGCCGUCCCCUGCCCUGUUCUCUGCUCACUGUGAAGAUGGCCAGCUCCACUACGAAGGCGAGGCCUACGUCAAAGGGCAGAGCAUCUCCUUGCAAGUUGGGGACGAGGCACCUGUCCAGUGAGUGAUGAAAAAGAGGAGGGGCAGAUGGUGUGGUGGGUGCAGCCAGGAGGACGCCCCAGAUCCUGGCCUGAGCUUGCAGCUGAGGAUAGUUACCUUGUGCAUUUAUGCAGCCAGUCAGAUAAAAGACGAGAAGAGCCCGUCUAGCCUAGCACUGUGGUUUCACAGUGUCCAGCCUUGAUGCCCAUUGGAACUCUCCCAAACCUGAGAUCCCCAGCAGCUUGUAUUCAGGGGCAAACUGCCUGAUAAAAGAAGGUUUUCUUUAUCUGUAAUACACACAAAAAAAACAUAGAGAGAGCCAUCCUUAGCAGCCAUUGAUAGUCUGAUCCUUCAUAGACUUGUCCAAUCGUUUUUGGAGCCGUACAAGUUGGUGGCUGUUAUUACAUUUUGGCGGUAGAAGAUUCCAUAGUUCAACUAUGCACUGUGUCAAGAAGUACUCUUUUUUUCUGUCCUGAAUAUUCCAGCAUUCAGCUUCUUCGUUGUCCCUGGGUUCAAAUGUUAUAUGAGAGAGAGAGAAAUAAAGAGAGAAACCUCUCUCUGUCCUCUUUCCCUAAAUAUGCAUAAUUUUAUAUGUUUCUUUCUAAGCUAAAAAGCCCCCAGUGUUGUAACCUUUCUUGGAAAUUCCUCUAAUCUCCUGAUCAUUUUCGUUGCCCUUUUCUGCAGCUCUGCAAUAUUGUUUUUUUUGAGACAGGGCAGCCAGAAACUGUACAUGGUAUUCCAAGUUUAAAGAUCAGUGACAAGACAGUAUAUCUGCCCUCAGAUAUACAAUCUUUGGAUAUUUUUCUCAGGACACAGCAGUAGGGGAGGAAAGGGUUAAAUUCCCCUUCCAUGCCUGCUCUGACCCCGUGACCAGUCUCCCUUGCCCCAAGCUGCUAUUUGCAUUUCCUUAAAAGCAGCAUUGUUAAUUGCAAAUAUGUAUUACUAGUGUUAUUAUAAAGACCUAUAAUUUUUGCUCAGGCUUUUCUAAGCCCGUAAGACCCUGUCUUCAUUUGUCUGUAUUCUUGUUUUUAUACGCCCUUAUACAAUUGUUUUGCUGUUUUCAUGUUGCAUUUUUUUGUGUUUUGAUGGUUUUUUAAAUGUUUCACACCGCUUAGAAUCUUCUUUUUAAAAAAACAAUAACACUUUCUAUGAAUGCUUUUAAAUAAAUAAACAUCAGUAGCAGUAUAGUAUAACUUACAAAGCACCUAACAUGGUCUGUAUCAGAGGGUGGGGAACCUCAAGGCCCAGGCACAAAAUGCGGCCCUCCAAGUCUCUUUUUGCAGCGCUCAGGAAUCUUCCCAGGCUUUUCAUUCUCCUCCUCCUUUGCCACUGGUCCUGUUUCACACCCUCACUGAAUGUUUUUUGCCUUGCUGCAAAGUGUCCUUGAGCUCUGAUAAUGCCUCUCAGUUAAUGCUUGGAGGGCUGACAGAGGGGUGGGGUCUGUGGGCAUAGAAAAUAGCACACUUUAUUGCUCUGCCCACUUCCCCUCUGGCCCUGCCCUCUCCACUGGCAUGUGGCCCCUGGAAGGCUGCCCAGAACAGAACAUGGCUCUUGGGCUGCAAAAUGGUCCCUGCCCCUGGCUGCAUAUGUAUGAAAAGGAUAAGACAGCUCCUGGUGCUUUCAGGCUUGACUUAAAAAGAACAGAAGACAGCAGGCAUCAAGGCACUUUCUCCUUUACUUGACCAGUCGAUGGGGUCCAGCCAGUCCCUCUCCUUGCCCUGAUAUUCUUUUGGGGAGGGAGCAAGUUCAGCCUCUCAGUGAACCUUGGUGCCUUGGCCUGUGGCAGAGGCCUCCUUUCGCUUCUGGUUAACACCCAGUUUGGCCCAAAGUAACAAACCUCUCCUUGCAACCAGCUAGGAUGGAGUGGACCAUCUCAGGGAGAGGAGGGUGAGCUCCAGCAUCACCUAAAAGAGCAGCCCCUGCUUCCCGUCUCUCCCUGAGAGAUGGGAAGGGUCAUAGAAGCACGAUAUAGAACCUCUGUUGCAUCCAGGAGGUCCCAGGUCCCAUCUCCAUGUAGAGACUCCAUUUUUGAAACCUUGCAGAGCCAUUGUCGGUAGUCCGACUUGGUAUAAGCUGCGUUCCUUUGGAGUGAGGUUUGGAGACGGCUGGCAUGUUGAGAUCAGGGUCUGUGUGAGAUGCUGCCUUGGCCCCCUGCCCCAAAAAACAGACACAUUCUGCCUGGCCACCCCUGACUCUUUUCCCUUUCCUCUAGGGCUGUGAUCACUGCCAUCAGCACUGGGGAGGUUUGGCUGCGCAGGGAAGACGGCAGCAAGACCAAAAUCUACGUCUCGCAACUCCAGAAGGGCAAGUAUUCCGUGCGCAAGGUCUAGCAGCGCAGACUUUGGCUCUCUCGCUUCUCCUGGAACAGGCACAGCUUCCCUCUCUUGGACUUCGGAGCAGCAAAGACCACCCCGAACCACCCCAGUUUGGGCUGCAGCAGGUGGAAGGGAGAAGGGCUUGCUUGCAGUUACCUUGGAAUCAUACCAGCAUCGCUGCCCCUAGUGACGGGGGCCCUUGGCGUGGAGCCCUCCCCCUCCAGCCCCCUGUUGGUCCUGUGGCAGUUUUGAUUGUGCUUGCCCAGCGUGCCCCUCCCUCCGUGUUUGGGGCUGGGCGUUGACGGCAGCUCCUCUCUUUCUGGAAGAAACAUCCAAUAAAACACCAAAGUGAAAUACCUCCCUCCAGCUUCCAGGCCUGGCUUUUUAAUUUGAGACCAGCUGUCUCUGAGGUUUGCUUGUUUGGACUGAGAAGGGAGGAAAUGCUGCUUUGGGGUGGGGUGGGAGGAAGGGGAGGGGAGGGAGAGAUGGCAGUUAGAAGGCAGAUCGCAAACUCUACAACCUCCAUUGUCCUCAUAUUAUUGUCCAUGCUUGCUGGGGCUGAUGGGAGUUCCAAACAUUCGGUUGGCUACCACUGUCCUGACCACUUCCUUGUUACUUUUGAGGAGGCUGUAGCAGUGGUGGUAUCUGUAAGGCCGGGCGAUACCUGGUUUUCAGCAACGCAAUAUAUCACGAGCUAAACAUUGCAAUAUAUGGAUAAAUCACAAUGUCUGACAUAAGGAUGGGACUAUUAUAGAGGCGAACCGUAGGGCGGGGCGAUAACUGGUUUUCAACAUCGAGAUAUCACCAUCUAAGCAUCGUGAUAUACCGUAUUUUUCUUUCUAUAAGACUCACCCGACCGUAAGAUGCACCUAGUUUUUAGAGGAGGAAAACAAGAAACAAGAAAACAACGCAAAGCCUCCUGAGCGAAGAGGGAGCGUUCCUCCCUCUUUGCUCAGGAGGCAUUGCAGGGCUAUCCCUGAAGCCAGGAGAGCAAGAGGGAUCGGUGCGCACCAAUCCCUUUUGCUCUUCUGGCUUCAGCAAUAGCUGCACAGCCUGCAUUCGCUCCAUAAGACACACACACAUUUCCCCUUACUUUUUAGGAGGGGGAAAGUGUGUCUUAUAGAGUGAAAAAUACAGUACCGAUAGAUCACGAUGCCUGAAAUAAGCAUGGAGCUAUGGAGAGGCAUUGGCUGGCUUCACGGUUUUUCCCAUCUUUUCCCAUCUUGCCGUGCCUGCCCUUGUGAUUCUCUGCCCCCUCCCCCCAGCCUGCGUGAGGCAGGGGAGAGCUCAGCCAUCAGAGUUAACGGGCUGCAGAAAUCGAAGAGAAGCAUCGGCUGGCUUCAAGGUUUCCCCCCACAUUGUGAUUUUCGCAUAGCACACAGCCAAACACAUUGUGAUCUGUGGUAUGUUGCCAGGUCAGGAAUUAUGAAACUGAUAGCAAAAAAUUGACUUCACAAAAUGGUUUUGGAUAUAUAUAAUUGUCCAGCCGUGUGUGUGUGUGUGUGUGUGUGUUGGGCUGAUAUAAAAGCUUAAUGAAAUUCAUGGGGGGUGAGGGUAUCCAUGGCUACUAGCCAUAAUGACUUUGUUCUCCCUCGGCUGUCAAAGGCAACAGGCCCCUGAAUUCUAGUUGCUGGGACCUGCAAGUGGGGAGAAUUGUUGUUGCUCUCAGGUCCCGCUUUCAGGCUUCCCCAAAAUCAUCUGGCUGGCCACCGUGAGAACAGGAAUCUGCACUACACAGGUGUUUGGCCUGAUCCUGCAGGGCUCUCCUUAAGUUCUUAAGAUGUUUUUGCCAGGGAAUUGGCCGAGGCAUCUGGAACAGAAGCAGAAAGACUCAAAGGGAUUCCUGACUCCUACCAACCAACCGGAUCCUUCCCCACCCCGCUCCCCCCACCCACUCCCCGCCGUGGCUCCUUCCUUCCUUCUUUCUUCAAAGCAGGGCUAGACCUUUGUUCUGUCUCUUUCCUGCCCAUUUCUCCUUUGCACACAAGCACUGCUUCUCAGAAAGCACAGAAACGAACGAGAAACUCUCAGGUGCUAAAACAGAAGAGAUGGGAAAACUUUAUUGCGGCUAAACAAGAAGAGCCAACUAAGGGUUGUGAGCAGAGGCUUUGACCAAAAUGAUCUUCAAGAAGACAAAAAAAAAAAAAUCGCCAAAAUGAAAUAUUUUGCUGAAGAUGAAGAUAAAUUCCUUCCUGACCUCAUAUUAGCUGGGAUGAGCGGUUCCCAUUUGAAUGCUCGACAGGCAACUCAAAGCAAUGAGGCUGCUGUGCAGGAAGCUAUACAGUCAUACCUUGGGUUACAGAUGCUUCAGGUUGCAUGUUUUCAGGAUACGGAUGCGCCGAAACCUGGAAGUACCGGAAUGGGUUACUUCCGGGUUUCGGCGCUUGCUGAAUCGCAACCCGCGCAGACGCGGCGCUGCGGGUUGCGAACGUGCCUCCCGCACAGAUCACGUUCGCAACCCGAGCGUCCACUGUACUUGGGAACUGCCUCAUUCAGCCCUACUUGUGUCUGGCAAAUACAGUGGUACCUCGGGUUAAGAACUCAAUUCGUUCUGGAGGUCCGUUCUUAACAUGAAACUGUUCUUAACCUGAAGCACCACUUUAGCUAAUGGGGCCUCCCACCGCUGCUGCCGCCGUGCGAUUUCUGUUCUCAUCCUGAAGCAAAGUUCUUAACCCGAGGUACUAUUUCUGGGUUAGCAGAGUCUGUAACCUGAAGUAUCUGUAACCUGAAGCAUCUGUAACCCGAGGUACCACUGUAGAACUUCUACCUUGUUUUGAGCUCUGGGACAUGAGCUAUGGCACCCAGGUUCCUUUGUUCCUUUGCCCUGUAGAGAUCUUCCCUUAUAAAAUGUUUGGGUAGCUUGGCAAGGGCAAUGCAAGCUUUUCAUGGAAGUUGCAACCUAUAUUCUUUUGUAGAGGACGACAUUCCUUCAGGGGUGACCUGUCACGGGGCAGGGCUGCAUAUCGGCAGGGGCGGAUUGAGGACGAAUGCUCAGCAAACAGGUUGUCUGGAGGCACCACAAGUGAGACUAUUUGCCCAUUGGAUUAAUUUUGCCUGCACUGACCGGCAGCUGCCGUCUAGGAUUUCACACCGUGUCUCUUCCCCAGUCCUACCUGUUGCUGCCAGGGAGUGAACCAGGGACUGUUCUGUGGCCCUUCCCCUAAAAAUGACAUAAGAGUCUAGUCCUCACGAUCCUGAAUAAAGAGCUGGUUUAAACCACUAGCUCAGUAUUGUCCCCAGCUGGCAGAUGUUUUCCAGGGUUCCAUGUAGUGCUAUUUUGCAGGCCUGUUUGGAAAGUGUUGAAAAUUGAAUGCUUCCUUAUUACCCUAAUGAAAGAAACGUUUUGCCUCUUUCAACAUAAUUGUAAAACUGUACUGUCAACAGAGCGCAUGGCAAUUUGAUUCCAGUUUAGCACCUCUGGCCAGGUAGCACUCAGAGAAGAUGCCUUCCUUGGCCUACCUUAGACUGUUUGGAAAGUCAUUAUUAUUAUUUCUCUCUUUUUUAGCUGUGAUUCCUGCAUUGCAGGGGGUUGGACUAAAUGACCCUUGAGGUCCCUUCCAAGCCUACGAUUCUGUGAUUCUCAUUACUCAGGAGCUGAACUCUGGGAACUGAUUUUCCAUUCUAGGGCUCCCUGACAAACCUAGAGAAGUAGCAAGAAGAAAAAAAUGGAAGUGGGAAUCUGAAUAAACCUUCCCUGCUAAACAAUAAUACUUCUGGAGCAAACUUUGCCAAUCUGGGACUCUCCAGAUGUUUCUGGCUGCAUAUCCCAUCACCGUGGGAGCCCUAGGUUGGUAAAAGCUAUUACAGAGGGGUUUGAAACAUGGAAGGCUCUCUGCACUUGCUCAGAGACUCCCCCCUUUUUGUGCUUUCUUCCCUUUUUCUAUUUCCAAUCAAACUGACCCAGAUAGCUCAGUUGGUAAGAGCAUGAGACUCUUAACCUACGGGGCGUGAGUUCGAGCCUCACAUUGGGCAAAAAGAUUCCUGCAUUGCAGGGGGUUGGACUGGAUGACCCCAGGGGUCCCUUCCAACUUCUAACCAUUUUACGUUUCUGUGAAAUCUGCUGCUGCUCCUUGGCAUUUUGCAAAGCCAGCCGCCUCUUCCGUGGCAGGAGCCCUGCGGUGAGCUCAGCCUUCUCAAGAUUUCAGCCCAUGAAGUAAGAGUUUGUUGUUGAGAGCCAGGUGCCCACCCUCCUUCCCGGUGCCGCUUGCCCAAGCCUCGCCCCGGAGCUGGAUCUCAGCCAAGACGUCUUCAGGCAGCUGAGAUGAGCACAGCCGAGAGAGAAACCGAGUGCAAUAGAGGAGGCAAAGGAGCACGCCGUGGAGUUGCCGGAGAGAGGAGAGGUGAGUGGCGAGGAUGGGGUACCCUGGAUUGGGGGGAGGGCGCUGUAGAUGGGAAUUCUCUCCCUUCCUCUAUUGACCAAACUGUAUUGCUGGGAACUGGUGCCAACGGCGCUUCCCCGCAGCAGUUGAUUUCCUUGUUUGUGGACUCCUUGCUUCGGGGAGGGCAGUGUCGUCUAAAGGAUACAGCUGGUCACGUGGAGGCCACCUUUGUAGUCCCGUUGCUAGAAAGUGUGCUGCGCGUGUGUUUUGUGCGGGGAUGUUACACUAGGGGUGUGCUGCUGAUCAGGAAGGAACUGGGAGCUGAGACUCCUGAGGUCAUUUCCAGCUCUGGUUUCUCAGCCGCAUGGCAGAGGAGGAAAAAGUUAAGACUCUCCCAUUGCUCCCCCAGGGGCUGUUCAAACCCAGCUCCCAACAGCCGGCAUGUAUGGCCAAUGGUCAGGGCUGUGAAGAGCCCUGUGGAUUUCAGCAAGACCUGUGGAGCAGUUGCCGGUUCCCCCAUCCCUGGGGUGAAGGGACAAGCCUCCUUCUGUAUCUGGCGCCAGAGGAUGGGAGUCACUCUGGAUUAAGUGGGUUGCUAGCGUCUGGGGGCACUGGGAAAGCUUUAUUUUAUUCCGCAGUAUCCUGCCUUUCCUCCAAGGGAUAUGAUGUGGCGCACAGCACUUUCUCCCUCCCCGUUUUUUAUCCUACAACAACGCUGCGAGGUAGACUUAAGGUGAGAAGUUGUGCCUGGCCCAAGGCUUCAUGGCUGGGGAUUUUGAACCCAAGUCUUCUAAAUCACAGCCUUGACAUGCUGAGCCACACUGGCCCUGACCCUACACUCUCUUAACCUGCCCCCCUACUCCAGAACUCGUGGGGGGUUGUGCCUGAGUCAGCAUGCAUAGGGUUGUAUCCAGCUCAGUCCUACUCUUAAAAGACCCGUUGAAAUCAAAACUUAAGUCAGUCGCGGGGGAUACUUACCCAUGUCCCCAGGGGGGCAUCUCACAACUAUUAUAUCUUAGAUGGUCCCUGGGCACUAGGACUGUUGGGUUUGCAGAAACGGGCUUACUGGUGUUCACUGGUGAAAGGUGGGAGGUUUGGUUGCUGGGUUGCUGAGCUCAAGAGUGGGAUGCUGGCCAGGGCAUGUUCAUGAACAACACAAACAAACACCCAUCCCUGACCGCUGGCCUUGCUGGCAGGGGCUGAUGGGAGUUUGAGUCUACUGUUUGGAGGGCACCAGGUUCCCCAGCCCAGGAUUUGUGUAUUAUUGGCAAACAAGGCCUUGUCCAGCUCCAAUUGAAAGGCCCCCAUCCCAGGCCCCCAAUUAUACGAUGUCAGGAGGAAGGAAGGAAGGAAACACCAUUCUUCCUCUUUCCCUCUUGCGCAUGUCUUUGCAUGUGAUUCUGCACCUCAUCUUUGGCCUUAUGUUGAUGUCACUCCUGCCCUGCCCUCUGUGCAUGUCAAGAGUUGUGCGGAUGGAUUACAGAAUUAUAGAAUUGGGAGGGACAUGAGGAUCACUAGUCCAACCCCCUGUAUGAAUGUAGGAAUCUUCUUGCCCAAUGCGGGGCUCAAACCCAGGGCCCCAAGAUCAAGAGUCUCAUGCUCUACCAACUGUACUAUGGGAGCCUGGCCUAGCUGAGCCCAGCAUUUUUGGCUAACUGGCUCAAGUUCCCAUCGCCUGGAGUGGCUCUCUUCCCCCACCUUCCAGCAACCCUGUGAAGUAGUUAGACUUCAUUUUCUUUUGUUUCUUACAUUUAUAUCCUGCUUUCCCACACUAGGAGCUCAAGGCGGCAUACAUGGUUUACCCCCCCUCCCCAUUUUAGCCUCACAACCAAAUCAGGUAGGUCACCCGGUGGGCUUUAUGGGUGGCUGAGAAGAGAUUCAAAUCAGUCCUAGCCUGAUCCAUUGCAACAGAUGGAUCUGAUAGGUUCCUCCCCCCCAAAAAAUAAAACCCCUAAAUAUUGUGUGAGGUGGAUGUGUGUGUGUUUGGGGGUUGUGUGUCAGAGCUGGGAAAUGAAAGAUUAACCCUUCCCUACCUGUGUGACCUUCCACCCCUCCCCCUCUUGUGCCACAAUUAGGCUUGCAGUGGGGAGGGAAAGAAAACUCCUAUUGGCUCCAUUAGGAGGGUUUUUUGAGAAGAGGACAUUGUAGAACUGCCAGGGCCCAUGGUUUCCCCAACCACAAGCACUGCAGCUCAGGAGAGACCUUGAUGACUGUUUAGUAUUAUUAUUAUGAAUUGCCAGCCGUGAAUAUAGCACUUGUUGUCUCACACGCUCUGCUUGCCGCUGCUUUCAUCUCACCGGAUUUGUCGCUUCUGUUGCUGCUUUCUUUUGUCUCUCCUCCUGCUGGUCCAUCCCCUGGAACUGCUCAGGGAGUGCUGAAAUUCAGACCUCUCACUGUUUUGACUUCAGGCACACUUUUGCUCCCAGGCCUUCUCCUCUAGGAAACACAGAUCUCACUUCUAACCCCCGUGUUGCUGGCGGGCCCUUGGCACUUAACCAGGUUUUGUGCUCCUUUGGAAUGAGGCACAGGGGAGAAUGGUGUGUCUUUAAGAAAUAUAGUUCAUUCACACAUAUUUAAUAAUAAUAAUAAUUUUAUUAUUUAUACCCUGCCCAUCUGGGUUUCCCCAGCCACUUUGGGCGGCUCCCAACAGAACAUUAAAAACAGAAUAAAACUUCCCUAAACAGGGCUGCCUUCAGAUGCCUUCUAAAAGCCAGAUAGUUGUUUAUUUCCGUGACAUCUGAUAGGAGGGUGUUCCACAGGGUGGGCACCACUGCCAAGAAGGCCCUCUGCCUGGUUCCCUGUAACCUCACUUCUUGCAGUAAGGGAACUGCCAGAAGGCCCUCAGCGCUGGAUGGUCAUCUGUCAUGUAUGAUUCCUGCAUCACAGUGGGUUGGGCUAGAUGACCCUAGGGGUCCCUUCCAACUCUAUGAUUCUAUGAUAUUUACAUGGCCCGUUUCAUUUUUUCCUUGAUUUAUUUUUACUAUUAUUUUAAAGGAGUUUUAGUGUAUUUUAUUGUUGCUGUUUUUAUUUUCCCGUGAGCUGCCAAAUUAGCUAAACGAAAGCCAUAAGCAAGAAUAUCACAGCCAGGGGGAGAUUGAACCAGACCCUUCCAUCACCCUGUUCCCAUGCUUGCUUUCCUCUUCCCUCCCCAUUCCUUUUCCUUCUGUGUCAUGCCUUUGAGAUGGCUGAGCCUGCAUUCAGGAAACCGCCUUAUUUUAUUGUAAAAAAAUGUAUUGAUAGCACAUGGAAAAUGCCAUGUGCUUUAUACAUGUGAUGGUGGUUAAGGAACUUGCCGUCUGCAUCGGGACUGUUUGUGGGUGGGAGAGAUGGCAAAUGGAACAAAGGGGGUCGUUAAGCCAAAGUGAGAAGCUUUUUCAGCUUUGUUUUGGGUUGGGGGUGAGGACAAAGGGGUUAGCUCUGCCCACCCCAGCGGGAGGCCCAUUUCCACAGGCUUCUCCUUCCCCCUGUGGGGCAGGGCAGCUGCUAAGUGAUCCACUCGAAGCUGUGCUCCUCCCCGUCUCCAAAUUGCAGCUUCUCAUGCCACGGAGCUGAUUCAUAGCCUGCCUUACUUUCUCGUCUCUCGCCCCCGCUGUGUUUUGUAACAGCUUGAGGAUGGCUCCCGCCUUCAGCUCAUGUUCGAUCCAGCUGUGUCUCUGCAGAGGGUGGCAACUUUCCCCUCCCUGGCAUGUUCCUGUGCUUAAAAAAAAAAAAAAGACCAAUGUGACGCUGCUGCAGAAACUCAACAGGUAUUUCCACACAAGGAUAAUCUGCACCUGUUGGAUUUCUGCAGAGCAUGAAAAUAAAACGCAUAGGACGGAGCUGUUUCUCCAUCUAACAUAAAAAGAGGAUCAGGGCCAAAGACCCAUCUAAGUUCAUUAUCCUGUCCUCACACUAGCCAACCAGAUACAUCUGGAAAUCCUGAAAGCAAGAUCCAAAGGAAAGAGCACUCGACCCACUUGCGAUUUCCAGUAACUUCUAUCAUUCAGAGCCAUACUGCCUCUGACAGUGGAGGAAGAAAAGGGCCAUUGUGGCUGCUAGUGUCCUUUGAUUUCCUUGUCCUUCAUGAAUUGAUCCAAGUUGGUGGGCUAUAUAAUGUGGUCAGCCAUGGGCACGCAUAGUCUGUGGGCCUUCCUUGGUGCCUGCCAGAUAUCCUUCCCUCUCCCCUCCCCUUGAUUUCUCUCUCUCUCUCUUUCUCUCUCUCUCUUUCGAGGUAGGGCUGGGGAAGACCUUUCUCUGCUGGAGAGAUGCUGCCGGCCAGUGUAGGAAUGGAUCUACUGUACUAUGAAACCAAUGAAGCUUAAGCUUCAGAGACCCUCAAUCCUGAAGGGGCCCCAGAAGCGACUUUUGCCCACGUUGCUUAAAAAAUGCGGGUCUGGUAGACCCAAUUUGAGUCGCACAAUUCGAAUUGACUCAUUUUGUUGUUGCGGGUGGCACUGUGGGUUAAACCACAGAGCCUACGACUUGCCGAUCAGAAGGUCGGCGGUUUGAAUCCCCGUGACGGGGUGAGCUCCCGUUGCUCAGUCCCUGCUCCUGCCAACCUAGCAGUUUGAAAGCACGUCAAAGUGCAAGUAGAUAAAUAGGUACCGCUCCGGCGGGAAGGUAAACGGCGUUUCCGUGCACUGCUCUGGUUCGCCAGAAGCGGCUUAGUCAUGCUGGCCACAUGACCCAGAAGCUGUACGCCGGCUCCCUUAGCCAAUAAAGCGAGAUGAUCGCCGCAACCCCAGAGUCGGUCACGAGUGGACCUAAUAGUCAGGGGUCCCUUUACCUUUACCUUUUAUAUUUCAACAAGUUUGAGUCUGUAGCACCAAUGUUAUAAAAGUGUGGUGAUCUGUCAUGGAGCAACACCACCGAAGACGAUAACAGUGGUGACCCAGACCUCGCUGCUGGUUUGAAGGGGCCCCCAAGACAGUUCAAGCUUCAGGGCCCCAAAAAUGUAGGUCUGCCACUGAGUCAGCAUAGACAAUACUGAGCUAGGCGGACCAGCCUUUAGACGCCAUGCAAGACAGCUUCCUAUGCCCCAGGUGCUCUGUCACAUUUCAGCCAGAAGUAUACACUCAAAGGCUGCGUACACAGCAAAGCCUUUCAAGCACAUUCUUUUCCUCAGGAAUUCCUGGCACUGCUAUUUACCCCUCGCAGUUACUAUUCUCAGCAAACCUUAACAGACUAACUACAGCGCCCAUAAUUCUCUGAGGGGGAAACAUGCACUUCAAAUGUGCUUCAAAAGCCAUAGGCACCAAAUCUAUGGGCUUGCGGACACCCCUCAAAGUAUGUUGGGACAGGGCUGAGCCCCCGCCAAUCUUGAGGGGCCAGGCCUCGCGGGAUCUCGCUGCGGUGGCAGCAGGCCUUGCAGCCUCCUCCCAACAUGCGUGAUGUCACAGGAUAGAAAUGGAAUAAAGUAAGACUGGCAGAUGAAAUUAUUAGACUAUGCAGAGAUGGCAAGAUUGACCAGGGAAAUCAGAAAUCAGGAGGACCAAAACUUCAACAGAGAGUGGGGCAAAUAUAGACUGUAUCUGAAAGACCACUGUAAACACUUGAGCUCUUUGGCAGGCUUUAAAUAACUCUUGCAAUGAUACAUAGACUUUGGAUACACUGGAGGACAGUAAACUAGAUGGAUUUAUAAUACGCAGUAGAAAAAGUUAUUUAAAGAACCCACAGGGGGGAGGAGGGAAGUCCUAGGAUUUGGAAGAAUCCUGUGUAAAAUUUUAACUUUUGCAAGAAUAACAUUUGUGUGAAUGAAUUUGCAAAAUCUAAUUAAAAAAAAAUAACGGAAUAAAGUAAAAUCAUGCUAAGCAGGGCAGGUCCCUUGGGUUGCCUGUUGUUUGCGCCCCUUUCAGUUCCUCACGCUGGACUCAGGGGAGGUUUUUGUUCCCUCUCAGGAUGACUCGGAACCCGAUCUACGACUAUCCCGAGCCUUAUGCCAACCCACGGCACGGGACGGUGGUCUCCCCCCGGAGCAUCAGCCUCGUGGGACGACUGCGCCUCACUCAGCCAGUUUGGCUCCAGCUGGGCAUCAACUCGGCCGCUGCACUUCACAUCCUUCAGCGUGAACCUCCCGGGGUGAGGAUCGACAGGGUUUCAUCAUUAGCACCCCACUUUAGAGCACAGGAGUGAUGAGAAUAGUGCUUCUGAGCAUACUCUGAGUGACCUCUGCCUCACUGGCUUGGGCUGCAACGUUUCCCUUUCAACAGAGGCUCCUUUCCAUUCAGGAAGCACCUGAACGUCUGAAAUUCAGGCUGCAGUGUUGGAAUGCAUUUGUGAGGGAGACAGCUUCACCUGUUGGAUGUCUCCAUUUCCACAAAAGUGAGAAGGCAGAACUCCCAGAAUGGUUUAACAGUCAAUCCGUCUUCACAGGUGAAUCUGGAAAAUGUAGCACUGUGAGGGGAAUAGGGGCCUCCUCUCAGCACCCUUAAAAAACUAUAGUUCCCAGAAUUCCUUGUGGCCAUAGAAUCAGAGUGGGCCUCACACGCCAUCUACUUUAAUCCCUUCGCUCAUACAGGAAAUUUACAACACCAGCAUCCCACCUGCAAAAAAGGGUAAUCCAAAUGCAGCCGUGCUUUCUUAGUAUAUUCUAUUUCCUACAGAGUUUGCAUUUUUAAAAAAGUUAGCAUUUGGAACCUCUUCCCACCUAUUGAUGCUGCUGUCUGUGUGUCCCUGUUAUUAUAGUCUACUUUAACCUGCUUUCAUGCUUCUCUUCCCCCUUCUCCCCACUCCCAGACAUUUUUAGUGCGGAGAUCAAAUACGCGGCAAUGUCAAGUCCUGUGUUUACGCCUCCCCGACAAUUCAUCGCCGGCUUUUGUGACGACCCAUUGCUUAUGCCAGGAGCGUGCAGGUGAGGGUGGCGAAUGCAUUUGCCUUGCAAGGUCGGGGGAUUAUUCAAGUGUUCUGGGAAUAAUUUUCAUGGAGGAGAAUUUUGGGGAGGAAAUUCGUCCCAACUCUGGCCUGGGGUUAACUUUUCUCCAUCUGUUUCUUAUGUUCUCCAGUCAUCUUCCUAGAGGGCUCGGAUUUGACCUUCCCCAGCCUCCUGCACCUCAUUGCUUCCUACUGCAUAACCCCGUAAGUGGCUUGCCACCUUUGGAGACCACCAUUAUCUCCUAUGGUGGUUCAAUGUCAACCGAGACUCCUGAAUAUAUAUAUAUGUGAGGGGAGAAGGUCCUUGAGUGAAUUGUCUAGUGCUCCUAUCUGACCAUUUUCUUUUAAAAUGUCAGCUUUUGGGGGAAGUGUCAGGGCACAGGGGUUGAGCACAAUCACUGUAGGUAUGGCCAGGUGUGACUGUGAAAGACACCACCUGAAACUCUGGAAUGCUGAUCAGUGUAGCCCAGGGGUGGGGAACUUGUGACCCUCCAGGUGUUGGGAGUGACUCUCCAGAUGUUAAUCUCAGGGUUGUGGGUUCGAGCCCCAGUCACGGGUGUAGCCAGGGGGGGGCAGGGGGCAGCUGCCCCCCAUCAAGUAAAACAAUAGAAAAACUUAACUAACUGACCAAUCACAUCAGUUCUGCCCCCCUAACAAAAAUCCUGGCUACGCCCACGACCCCAUGUUGGAUGAAAGAUUUCUGCAUUGCAGGAGGUUGCACUAGAUUACUCUUGUGGUUCCUUCCAAAUCUAUGAUUCUAUGAUUUCCCGCUUAGAAAAAGAUAUAAAUUGAAUGUUCUGGUUUCUGGUUUCCAAGUGCAUUGUUUUUUCUUCAAAGUUCUGGCUGAGUUUUGACAGACUUUCUCUUCUUCCCUCCCCCUGCCCACUGCCUCAGGGACAUCCUCCCUCUCUCUCUGCGCCUUCCUCUGCUCAUCUGGGAGGCCUCAUCCUGCCAGCAGCUGGAGGCCAUCGCUCACUUGGGGCUUGGUGAGUGGCUCAGUGUUGACUCAGUGGUAGAAAUCUCCAUCCAGCACCAAACCCCUGAACAGCAACCCCACUUCAGCACCCCACACUCACCUGCCUGGCUUUUAACCUCCUAGGCUCCUUGACAGGGGUGGGGGUACACAGCUCAGUGACAGGGGGUGUCAGGGGUGGAGAACCUUCUCCAUCUCACGGGCUGCAUUAUUUCCUGAGGUCCACUUACCAAAAGUGGGCGGGGCCAGUGGGAAAAGUGGGUGGAGCAACUAAUCCUACAGUUGGCUAAGUUUCCAGAGACACCUCCCCUCCCUGACUUUCAUCCAAGCAAGAGCUCUAGGGCAGAUUUUCAGCCAGGCAAAAGACACUCAAGGGGGCUGCGAGGCAGGGCAAGUCAGAGGCAAGGCCUGGGGGAAUCCCAAAGGCCGAACAGAGAGGUCUGGGAGGCCACAUCCAGCCAGAUGAUCCCCCAAGAAACAUUACAGUGGCACCUCAGGUUACAGACGCUUCAGGUUACAGACUCCGCUAACCCAGAUAUAGUACCUCGGGUUAAGAACUUUGCUUCAGGAUGAGAACAGAAAUUGCGUCACGGCAGUGUUAGGAGGCCCCAUUAGCUAAAGUGGUACCUCAGGUUAAGAACAGUUUCAGGUUAAGAACGGACCUCCAGAACGAAUUAAGUUAUUAACCUGAGGUAACACUGUACUGAUCAAGGCCACUUCUGCAUUGAAAGCCAUAUUAUGCCUCUUUAACAGUUGUAGCUUCCCGCAAAGAAUUCUGGGAACUGCAGUUUGUUGAAUGCGGCUUUUUGAGGGGAAGAAGGGCGGGGGUCUCUCAAUAUCUUUCAGCAACCAUAAACUACAGUUUCCCAGGAUUCUUUGAGGGGAAGCCAUGACUGUUUCAAGCAGUACAGUACAACUCUUAAAUAUAAAGGUGCAGAUGUGGCUCAAGUAUAAAACUGCUUCCUAACAAUAUUAGUCACUGAUGGAUGCAGAUUGCUCCCAGUGGUUGCCUAGCAACCACAACCAAUGCAUCUCCACCUUCUUCUUUUUUCUGGCCUGACAAAGAUAAUCAUAGCCAGGCUAGAGCUUUGAGCACCCAGCAAAUGCUUUUUUAACACAGUUUGUUCUCUCUCUUUUCAUCCUCAUUGCCCGCCUCCAGAAUUUUGGAGCUCAUCCCUGAACACUAAGGAUUUCAGCAGGCCUAUUCCGCCGGUGCCUCUUUCCGGAUCAGACAAGGGCCCCAAGAGCGACACCCAGGUGGGGAGCUGUGCAAAGCUGGUUUGCGGACAACCUGCCAGAUCCCAUGAUAUUCCAACCCCCCCGCCGGCUGACGGAACACUGCACAAGGAUGUGGGCACCCGGCGCCAGCGCUUCAAGAACAACGUCAAGGUCCAAGUGUCCACAGAGGCUGUCAGCCCCCUGUCCCCCCCGGCGGUCCCACCGCCCCCCAUUCCCGUUGGGAAAAAGAAGAAAAAGAACCUGCCCCACCCUCCUGUCCCCGGUGGGAGAAGCCAGUUACCCAACCGCAACCCUUUCCCUCAAGAUUCCUCACAGGCUGUGGCGAGGUUGGAAACUUACAGUAUACCCCAGAGCAAGAAGGAGGAGCUUUUGGGUCAAGCUGGGCGCCCUUUAACCCCUGGUCCUUCUUCACAGCAGCCGCUGCAUGUUACGGAAGAGGACCAGUCAGGGUUAUCUUGCCUGGGUCACUUUUUCCAAGAACAAGAAAGGGGCAGGUUCGGCAACGGAGUAAAAGGCUGCCUUCUUCCGUCUUCCGAGCCUUCUUGA